AUUUUCAGUUACAAUUCGUCCUAAUCAUGACACAUGUUUUCAUUUAUAUGUCAAGUUGAAGUGUAAUUUUCAUCAUGUGCUUUUAUUUCAUGCAAGUUCAUUUUGGUGAAAGAAAAUCCGCCCUUUGAUAUUGACAGAUUGAUUUAAAAUUCUUAGGCUUCGACACCCCUCGGAACUCUUCGUUUCGCAGGUCUGUCUUGAACAGAGCUUCCACCUCAAAAACCCAGGAGGGAAGUGACGAAAAUGAUAAUAACAAUGACAAGGGCAAAGUAAGAGGAGUCGACUUCUCUGGUCCUGUCCCGGAAGUUUAUUAUCAGCAAUCCACUAGGGUCCAUGAGUCCCUAGAACCUGAAGAUCCUUAUGCUCCAGGCAGUCCUACAGCCUCUGAUAUGGAACCUCCCCCUACCAUAUUCCGUCAAAAAAUUAGGACCGACCCCAGUUUACUCGUCAUCAAAUCUGAUGAAGAGUAUACACCUGACCUUAAAGCUCUUGAAAUCCGCUGGUACCUCCCUAAGGACGCAAUCAAAAGGAAAUGGUACACCAGUACCUAUUCCAAAGAACAACAAAAGGAAUUAGGUCGGCUAUGGAUAGCUGAUAUGAAAAGACUUCCGAUGUGACAUAGAAUUCUUUCGAUGGUUUGAGUUUACUUGAAGAAUGGAAAACCAAAAUGAAUCCCUUAACGUUAUCAUUAAUAAAUGGUAUACCCAGAGUAACAAGAUAAUUGAAUCCGUUACUCCUCCGCUCGAAGGGAUAAAAAUCCCUCAUUCCAAUGAAGUCCUCAAUGCUUCACCCUUUAAGAAGAAACAUGAUAGACCUCUAUCAGCCCCUAUCAAUAGAGACCUCGAUAGGAUAGUUGAGCAAAACAACUAUACUAAUCAGAUCCUUCACACUAUCUCCCAGCAAAUAGGAGAUACUAAAAACUCGAUACUUUCUUUUAGUUCCCCCGCUCCUGAGAAAGGGGCUCCAAGCCCUAAUCCUAUAGCCAACCCCAUCUUUAAGAUCCCUGAAUUCCAAAAGGAAAAAUUCCCGAAUCUUAGUGAUGACUUCAAAGUAUCAGGAAAAAUCUUGGAACAAAUCAACGAAAAACUUUCCAAGUUUAAGAUCUCUGAGAAAGCAGAGUCCAGCAACCAGAAAAACUCUCUUUCUAAACUCACCAGUGAUCGUUUUUCCACUAAGAAAAACUAUUAUAAAAAACCCUCUCCUCCAGACGUCCAAUUUGAAGAAAAUCCCUACCUCUCAACUUUCAACCAUGAUGGUAGAGGAAUAACUGAAUGGAAUGUUGACGGUUUGGCGGAACACCAAAUCUACAACAAACUCCAUGAAAUGGGUGUAUCUAUCACGGCUUACAAAAUUAGAGGAGCCACUGAUAAGGAAGCAGCUACCAUGAUCGUAUCAGCUUUCACUGGUAUGAUAAAACAUUGGUGGGACAACUACUUCACUGAUGACAUUAAAAACCUUAUCUAUGGAGCCACGGCUAUAGAAACAGUGGUCAAGAGUGAAAAUGGCCAAGAAGUUCUAGAGCAAGUCGCAAAAGAAGACGCUUGUGCCACUCUCCUAUACCACAUAGCAAGACAUUUCAUAGGAGAGCCCAAAUUAUUCCAAGAUAGGAGCUUAGAAAUCCUCAACAAUCUCACCUGCAAAGACCUAGCAGACUUUAGGUGGUACAAAGAUACCUUUUAAGUGAAGGUCAUGAUCCGACCCGAUUGCAACAAUGAUUUUUGGAAGGAACGAUUCAUUAGUGGUCUCCCUUCUCUGUUUGCCGAAAAGGUUAGAACCAAAAUUAAAGAUAGAUUCGAGGGAAAAAUCCCUUACGAUAUCUUAACCUAUGGCGACCUGAUAAGUUUCAUCACCACCGUAGGGAUAGAUCUCUGCACGGACCUUAAACUUAAGAAACAACUUAAGAAAGAUAGUACUUCUAAAUAUGGGUUAGGAACCUUCUACCAGGACUAUGGUUUCACCAGUCCCAGCAAAAAACAUAGGAAGAAGUCCUCCAAAUCUCACAAAAGGACCACCUCAAACAAAAGGUCCUUAAAAAAGGAAUCUUAUAAGCCUAGUCGAAAGACCAAACGAAAAAUCUCUAAAACCAAAGAUACUUGUUGGACUUGUGGCAAGACAGGCCACAGAGCGAAAGACUGCAAGUCAAACAGGAAGAAGAAAAUAAACCAAUUAGAUCUCUCUGAAGAAACCAGAACAAAUUUAUUCUCUAUAAUGGAAGAUUCUUCUGAGUCUUCUGACUCCUAUGCCUCGUCCAGUGACGACUACAGCGAUGAAGAAUACAUCAACGCCGCUUAUGAGACAGAUCAAUCCCAAUCUGGCCAAGAAUGCGCUUGUACAGGUACAUUCUGCUCUUGCACCAGAAAAGCUUUUAAUGUCAUUUCAGGAAAUCCUAAAGAAAUUCUGUUUGACAUUAUAGAACACAUCCAGGAUGAUGAGGCUAGAAAUAAAUAUCUUCUAGAACUCAAACGAUUAAUGCUUUCUCAUGAAGAGAAACCCCCCAAACCCAUUAUUCAGCCUUUUAGCAUGAAACAAGUUAUGUCUAGAUUCGACAAACCUGCGGAACCUUCUAUUGCUGAUCUUAAGGGAGAAAUCUCUACGUUAAAGGGAGAAAUCAAGAAUCUCAAAAUCCGACUUGAUCAAGUAGAGCUUAACAUUCUUACGGAUCAAGUCCUAAAAAAUAUACCUCUCCCAGAAAAGGUUUCUCCGCCAGAAUCACCUAAAGCCUUUCCAAUCAUCCCAAAUGAUCAUCUCCGAGAACCAGAGCCUAGUUCCUUUCCCGGCUCCGAGUCUCCCUCCACAUCCGGCAAAGCUAUUACGGCCAUAAAAGCCUAUAGCGAACACAUAGUCGUAAAAAUUGUCAUAAAUAAAGACUUUGUUCUUAAUAGAGUCGCACUCUUCGAUACAGGAGCAGAUAGUAACUGUAUCGUUAAAGGCUUAGUACCUACAAAGUACCUUCAAAAGAGUACUUCUCGUCUUUACUCAGCCACGGGAGAAAAAAUGGAAAUCCAUUAUCAGCUCCCUAAAGCUCAUAUCUGUAACAAUGGCAUUUGCCUUGUUAAUGACUUCGUCAUCACCGAAGAUAUCACUGAGGAUAUCAUUUUAGGGAUACCUUUCGUCAACCAGAUUCGACCUUACUGGAGUGACUACGACGGAAUUCGUACAACUCUUUUAAACCAGAACUUAUUCUUCCCUUUAUUAAGGCCCCUCUUGCAAGAAGAAGGUAACCUUAUUAAAGAACGAACUGUUUUUAAAAUUAACCGGUUUUCUUCCCAUAUCAAUUUUCUUAAACAAGAUAUUCACAUAAAGAAAAUUGAGCAGUCUUUAAAAACCCCGGAGAUGAUUACUAAAAUAUCUAAUCUUCACAAAAAUUUUGAAGAUGAAAUUUGUUUCGAAUUUCCUAAUGCUUUUUGGGAACGGAAAAAACACUUAGUAGAGCUUCCUUACAUUUUCGGGUUUGACGAACAAACUAUUCCUACUAAGGCCAGGCCCAUUCAAAUGAACCAAGAAAUGAUGGAAAUCUGCAAAAAAGAAAUUGACCAUCUUCUAAAGAAUGGUAUUAUUAGAACCUCUAAUUCUCCAUGGAGUUGCUCUGUCUUUUAUGUCAAUAAUAGUGCAGAAAAGGAACGAGGAACUCCUAGGCUUGUAAUAAAUUACAAGCCUUUGAAUGCGGUAUUAAAAUGGAUCAGGCAUCCGAUUCCUAAUAAAAGGGAUCUAUUAAAAAGAACUUUCAAAGCUAAUCUUUACAGUAAAUUUGAUAUGAAGUCCGGGUUUUGGCAAAUCUGCCAUAGCGAGCACCUGUUGCAUAGAGAGAUACCUCUCUUAGCCACAUUAUCCAAUGUCAAAACUGCUUCAUUGGCUAACAACCAAGUAAAGCAUGCCACUUUAUGUGGUACUUUGACUCUCCAUAUAUGCUUCCAAGGCCAUUUGAGGACUUGAUUAUCUCUAACAUUUGUGUCACUAAGACUUGUCUGUUUAUAUCCUUCCUUAACCCUGUAUUUACCUUUGUUAUGCCCAUGCCACCAUAAAUAAUCCUCUCCAUCCUCUGUUCCUUUAAAACUUUCUAGUAGUUUGUAAAGUUCAGUUAUUCUAUGGAUUUCCCAGUCAUUUAGAUUUCUUCUCAGAACCAAAUUCCAUCCUUGUUGCGACCACAUAUCAGUAAUUGUGUUAUGUUGAUGUUGAGCCAAAACAAAAAUAUCAGGAAAAAGAUCUUUAAUGGUCUCAGCACCCAUUCAUUUGUCAGUCCAAAAAAUAGUUUUCCUACCAUUUCGAAUCUUGACAGUUGACUGAGUAUUGAGGAAAGGCCAAAAGAUUCUGAUUGACUUCCAAAGGAUAACUCCAUAUGGAGUAUUUACCUCUUUAGUCAUCCAUUUGUUCAGUUCCUCAUACUUGCUCUUGAUCACCAUACACCAGAGUGCUUGGUCCUCCAGAUGAUACCUCCAUAGCCACUUCACCUUCAAAGUUUUGCGCUGGUUUUUUAGGUUUUUGAUGCCUAAGCCACCUUGUUUCUUGCUUCUAAUGAUACUCUUUCAUUUUACUAAAUGAAAGCCUUUCCUUUCCUUAUUGCCUUGCCACAAGAAGUUUCUUCUGAUUUUGUCCAACCUCUGAAUUACUGUCUGAGGUAUAUGAAAGAUAGAUAACAUAUAUGUAGGAAGAGCAUCUAGACCUGAAUUUAUCAAGGUUAGUGUACCUCCCAAAGAUAGAUAUUGGGAUCUCCAUCUAGCUAAUUUCUUUUCACACUUCUCUUGAAUUGGAUUCCAAAUGUUUAUGGAACUUGAUUUUGCACCCAAAGUCAUUCCCAAGUAUACUGAUGGCAAAUUUCCCACCACUCCUCCCAAGAUCCGAGAAAGAUGAUUCAUGUCUGGAACCACAUUAAUUGGGUACAAGUGGCUUUUGUUCCAAUUUAUGUGUAGCCCAGAUAUAACUUCAAAGUAAACCAGUAUAAGUUUUAAGAUCAACAGUUGCUCCUCCCCAGCCCCACAAAAAAUUAUUGUAUCAUCGGCAUACUGGAGAUGUGUAAUUUCCACACUGUUUCCUGCUAACUUGCUAACUUCAAAUCCCUGGAUUCUUCUUGCUUCCUUGGCUAUAUUCAACAUGUUAGUUAGCCCUUCCCAUAGCUAUGAUGAACAAGAAGGGAGAUAGGGGGUCUCCCUGCCUAAUCCCUCGGUGUGCAUUGAAAAAACCUUCAGGUGAACCAUUGAUAAGCACAAAAAAUUUCACAGUUGAUAUACAAAACUUGAUCCACCUGAUCCAUCUCUCACCAAACCCCAUUUGUCUCAACAUACUUAGAAUGAAAUCCCAAUUCACGUGGUCGUAUGCUUUCUCGAUAUCAAGUUUGCAUAAUAUACCAGGUUUACGUAGGGACAUUCUAGCACCAAUUGGUUCAUUAGCUAUGAGCACUGCAUCCAUUAUCUGUCUGCCUCUGAUAAAAGUCAUUUGCUGCUUGUCUACCAACUUAUCCACAACUUUCUUCAGCCUUUCUGUCUGUACCUUGGAGAUCAACUUGUAUAAGCUUCCAAUUAAACUGAUGGGUCUGAAGUCUUUGAGUUCUUUUGCUCCUAUCUUCUUAGGAAUCAGUGCUAUGUAUGUUGCAUUAUAGCUUUUUUCAAACAUCCCAGUUGAAUGGAAAUUGUGAAAAACAUCCAUAAUGUCUUGUUUAAUUAUCUCCCAAUAUUUAAAGUAGAAGCCUAUUGUGUAACCAUCAGGGGCCAGGGGCUUUGUCAAUAGCAUACAUCUUUAAGCACUCAAAAACUUCUUGCUCCUGGAAUGCUACCUGCAGUGCUUCUUUCUCAUCCUCUGUGAUGGUAGGAUGAUUGCUAAUAUUUUGAGAAGGUCUCCAGUCUUCAGGUUCUGUAUAUAACUUCUUGUAGAAAGAUAUGACUUCCUCCUUAAUUCUAUUUGGAUCAGUUAUGGUCUCUCCCUGCACUUCCAAUUGAUCAAUGUGAUUAUAUCUUUUAUGGGCAUUAGCAGUUUGAUGGAAAAACUUUGUAUUUCUAUCCCCUUCCUUGAUCCAUAAGCCCCUUGAUCUUUGUCUCCAAGCCACUUCCUCAUUCUUCAAACACUUCUCAUAUUCCAUAAAUAAUGUUGCUUUCUUGGCAAUUUCCUCCUUUGUCAAGGCUCUAUUAUUCGACUGAGAUUCUAGCAUAGCCAUCUGAUUAAGAAGGUUGUUCUUUUGUAAUUUCAAAUUCCCUUGAUCUUUUCCACUCCCAUUCUUUCAAUUUUCCUUUGAGAGCCUUGAGUUUACAUGCUAAGAUGUAGUCUGGCUUCCCAUAAAAUUCAAAUUCACUCCACCAAUUCUUGACUCUUUCAACAAAACCUUCUUGAUUCAGCCACCAAUUUUCAAACUUGAAGUAGGAUUUAGAUUGCUCCGAGUGUCCACAAAGCAGAGCUAUUGGGACAUGAUCAGAGGUCACUCUUCGCAGUGUAGUCUGUUUUAUAUUAUUGAUGAGAUUGUUCCAUUCUGUGGAAACCAUUAUCCUGUCUAUUCUUGAUGCUGUUGUAUGGUUAUCCCCUCUAUGCCAAGUAUACUUUCCACUGCUUAGCUGUAGAUCAAUGAGGUCGAGUUCCUCAAUGCAAUCUGUAAAUUCCCUCAUUGCUGAAUUUCUCUUGUUCCAAUCCCUUUUUUCAGAGGGAAAUCUACAGACGUUGAAGUCACCACAGAUAGCCCAUGGCCCAUCAAACAAGCCUCUUACAUCAGCCAAUUCCUCCCAUACAAGCCUCCUCUCCACUUUACUGCUAGGAGCAUACACACCAGUUAUGUGACAUUCAAAAUUACAAAAUUGAGCCUUGAAUUUGCAGGAAAGAGUAUAAGCUCCAACUUGUAAGAUUUCCCCUUCCCAAAUUCUAGAAUCCCAAAGUAAUAAGAUUCCUCCUCUGGUUCCACUGGCCUCCAAACAUGCAUACUUGAUCCAUCUCCCUGCCCAAAUUUGCUUAAUUAACUCAUGUACAUUGCCUUCUAAUUUGGUUUCCUGGAGACAAACUAUGUUUGCUUUCCAUUCCUGAAUCAGACUUUGUACUACUCUCCUCUUCCCCUGUUCCUUCAACCCCCUAACAUUCCAUGAGAUCAAUUUGAUCUUCAUGGAGUAUUUUGUGAGCCCCCUUUCCCCUUCCUUCUAUCACCAUUGCUUUUGAAUUUAACGUCAAAAGAUAUCAUAUUCUUUAACUCUUGUGCUUCUCUGUUUUUUGUUCUUCUAACUACUCCCGAUUGUUCCAUUCUUCUUGCUUGCCUGCUAGCAUCCACAUGCCUAAGGAGUUCAAGUGCUGUUUCUUUCAAUCCCUGAAAAUCCACCCCAAACAUCUUAUGGAGUUUAAGCAAGUUUUGUUGCACCCAAACUGUAGCUUUUCUGUAAUGACCCAAAUCUUAUUUUAAUAAUAAAGGGUAGUGGGAAGAGGGCCACACCCACUCCCUUAUGCCUUUCAUGAUUAGGGGAGCAAUAACAGAGAAGCACCAUUUAUUCUUUUUUUCUCUGUCAUAUACCCACUGGGCGUUAAAAAAAAAUGGGAGGGGGGCUCACCAUUUACACAUAAAGACACUACACAAUUCCAAAAAAAUCUUCCUCCAUUUUCUUUUCCUGAAGAACACACAAAAAUUUCUCUAUAUUUAUUCAUCCCUGCACACAAUACAAUGAAUACAUAGACCAUACUCUCCACUCAAGAACACUUCACCAUUUUUCAUUGCUAAUUGACAAAGAUUACACUACGCACCAUUUGAGCAAUAAUAGAGAAGAAGAGAAAGAAAAGAUAUCAGUAGAGAAUAUCUAAGCUAAGUUAGCAAGCAUCUUUCACCAAUAAGGUAUGAAUUUGUUUAUAGUUUUCUGCAUAUAAUUUUGAAAACAGUGACUAAAACGACACUCAUGUAUAUUUGAUUUUCUUCUUGGUGGUAGUUGUUUGCUACUAGAUUAAGGAGAGGUGUUGGUUGAUAUUGAUUGCUUAGGGGAAAUUUAUAUAAGAAAGAAGAAGCAGGUUAUAUCACAGUUCUCUGUUAUUAUAAUUUUACGUAUGGUUAUAAAGCAUGGCUAAAUUGAGAUGUUUUUGCUAUAAUGUAUUAUUGUCUGUAUGUGUUGAACACUAUAAGAGAGAGCCAAUGAUUCUUCUUAGUAUUUGAUUAAGUUAGUAAGUUGACUCGGUAAUGACUUGGAAAUAAUAAGAUUGAAGUGUUGGUUUCAUUAGCAUAAAAAGAAAAGAGAACAACAACAGCAAUAUUCAAUUAUUGGGAGCAGCUGGCAGUAACCAGUACACUGAAGCAUUGUUUUGGAAAUUUUCUUUUCCUUAUCGUCGGUAUCAUGUUUAAACAAGUGUGUUGGGAUAUUAUUAUCAUUAAUUCAGCAUAUCAGUGAGAUAUUAAGGUUCAACGCUAAGUUUAAAAGCUGGGAUAUUAAGACUAAACUCCAAAAUAGCAUAAUUGAUAUCUAUAUAUUAUUGAUAAGAGAGGACAAAGCCUCUACAUUAAGCCACGUGGCAGCAUACUAAAAUGACAUUUGGCAUUUUAGGACAACAAUUAGUUAGGUUAGUUAUUAGUUACCUAUUUUUGAAUUUUUACUUUUUAAAUUUCCUUAGAAAAUUCAAAUUGUGACAAUUAAUUGAUAAUUGCAGUUUUUUAAAUAGAUAACUAAUUUUUAAAUAACUAUUAACAAACAUUAUUUAAUUAAGAACUCCUAUUUAUAUUUUUAUUUUAAAAAUAUUUGACCUUGGUAUCUUUUUUACAUUUUGGUCAUUCUAAGACAAAAUUUAAUAUUUAGUAAUCUAUUUUAUAAGAUUAUAUAAAAAGAGAGAUUAAAAUAUAUAUAUAAGAAAAAUAUUAAAAUGCACUGCCAAGUAGUUGAGUAUUUAUCUGCACUUGGCAGUUAUAAAAUCACUAUCCAGCAAUAUAGCAAAUACAUAAUUAUUUACAUUUUGUAAAUUUUAUCUAUAAAAAUAUAACGUGUUUUUUUCCAUAGGGGCAGUUUAAAAAUCAUCGGCAACUACUCAUCUUCUUCCCCCAUGGAAAUCAUACACUUCCAACACUUUUUACUCAGUGAAAUAUCCUAAAAAUAAAAUUCAAAAUUUUCCUUUCUUGCAAAUUUGUUUCAUAGUUUCAAUGUUAAAACUUGAACCCAGUCCAUCUCUCUCUCCCUGUAGUUAAUUAUUUUUCUCCUAAAUUGACUUUAUUAGGGUUUCUAAAGUUUCUCAGCAAAAAACGAGAUGAAAAAUCACUCCGACUAGUUGCAGAUGUUAGAAGGAUAUCCAAGAGACUUUUUUGUAUUAAAAAAAGUGAACAUACUUUAAUCUUGAAGAAAAUGAAUCUUUUAAUGGUAAGUUACUUUAAUCUUGAAGAGAAUGAAUCUUUUAGUGGUACGCGUCUUUAUUUUUGGUAUUAAAUUAUUAAUGGCAAGCAGAAUACUUUUGUUGAUGUAAUUUUAAAUUCUUAAAUAAAUUUCACACCAUGACGAAGCACACAAUUUUCUCCCGAUCUUCUCUUCAUCCAGUAGUUCCGCAAAUACUAUCACGAUUGUUACCAAUGAGGAUCAGUUUCAUCCAAAGGUCUUCAGAAAUUGAAAUAGGUUUGGUUAAGGAUGACAGUUCAGAUGCGUCCAAACAUAAAUCUGGUGCGUAUCAAUUUGAAUUUUUUUAGAAAUUUAGAAGUUAGGACAAUAAAUUACCUUCAACAUGCAAUGAAGUGAUAAUGUUCAUAAGUUAUUGAAUUUGGAGAUGUUUGUUCUUGCUAUUACCUAAACAUGUUUGCUUGCAGGAACUGAUGGUUAGCGUGGGGGAGAGAACAAUAUAUAGAAGAUUAAUUGUAUUGACACUUGAAGUUUUUAUAAUUUACUCAGAUGACCAUUCAAAAAAAAGAAACAAGAUUCUAUGGUCUUCUAUUAAACAAUGGAUGAACAAGCAGGAUACUGAACUGGCCAUUUUUAAUUGUAACAAAAAAUGAUGGAAGCAGCCUCUCUACCUCGCUAGGGGUAGUAGUAUGGUCUGCGUACAUUCUACCCUCCCCAGACCCCAUAAUGUGUAAUAUACUGGGUUUGUUGUUGUUGUUGUUGUUGUAAAAAAUGAUGGAAGCUUUGAGACACCAGUCAAAGUGAAUGUGUAUGUCUCCCUUUGUCGACAGAUACUCUUGGGCGAUUUAGCAAACAAAAUGUGUCCAGUUUGAGAUGCCUUAAUUCCAUUAGUCCCCAAAUUUCAAGAGGUAUGUCUGCAGACCCUUUAACAAGAAAUGUCUGCAGAUUCCAUAACCUGCAAAUUUCUGAGAGGUAUUUUUAAAUUCUUACCGCAAAGCAAUGAUAGGUACCUCAACCACAUGGGGCUUAGUAUCUGCAGGGGAACACUAUAAAACUUUAUGUGACUCAAGCCCAAGAUUUUGAGUAAUUUGAAAUGAUUAAGCUCUAAUUGGAGAAUAGCAGAUGAAAAAAAAACGACCAGAAAAGAAAAUAGAACGGGUUCAUUUCAAAAGAUUGUUGUUGUCAUCAUCGGUCAACUGAUGAUGUGCAGAGGUAAGAAGGGUCCUAUAAAAACCAUAGGGUAAAUCAUUAAUUUCAUCACCAGUCCAGCGCUUGAAGGGCUGCAUUUCAUCAGCAGGAACAUGAUUUGGAUCACAAUGAAUUACAAAAUAACAGAUUUGAGAUUUUUCAAACACAAUGUUGUUCAUGACAAAAAUGUUUCCCCUUUGAACUUCUCUCAAGCGCAGGUCAUAUAUAAGAUCAUGAACCUUACAUGAUCUAAUCUUUGUUCCAUCUAGACUUCUUUUGCUAACGAGAACUAGACAUCUGUCAACAAGAUCUUGUAUUUUUAGUAGUGAGAAUUUCAGGUACUGUUAAUGUUAUUUCUUCGCGUGUAUUCUAUCAUUCUUUGUUGAAAUUGUUGUAUUG